CGUUCUGACGUGUUCUGACGUAUCGGCCAAUGAGCGUAGAGAAGCGCAGGAAACAGGAAAUGACCCAAACUCACCAUGAAACGAGCGCACCAGCUUAUUUUGAAUGUGUUGUGAUGAGAUGACGCUUUAAGGCAUUACUUUGGAAUUGAAAUGGCCACUUUAGUGUUGGACAACGGAGCCUACACGGCAAAAAUUGGAUACAGCUUGGAGGACGUCAGCGUCAUUCCCAAUUGCCAGUUUCGCUCCAAGACCUCCCGCAUGAAAACGUUCACCGCCAACCAGCUGGAUGAGAUCAAAGAUCCCUCGGCACUCUUCUACAUCCUGCCCUUCCAGAAGGGCUACCUGGUCAACUGGGACGUCCAGAGGAAAGUUUGGGAUCAUUUGUUUGGCAAAGAAAUGUUCAAGGUGGACUUUGCAGACAGCAGCAUCAUCAUCAGCGAGCCUUACUUCAACUUCACGUCCAUCCAGGAGUCCAUGAACGAGAUCCUGUUUGAGGAGUACCAUUUCCAGUCGGCUCUCAGGAUCAACGCGGGCUCUCUGAGCGCUCGCCGAUACUUCCGCUCGGAACCUUACGAGCUGUGCUGCCUGGUGGUGGACAGCGGCUUCUCCUUUACGCACAUCGCCCCCUACUGCCGCGGCAGCAGAAUGAAGGACGCCAUCCGCAGGAUUAACGUAGGAGGGAAGCUGCUGACCAAUCACCUGAAAGAAAUCAUCUCUUAUCGGCAGCUGCACGUGAUGGACGAGACCCACGUGAUCAACCAGGUGAAGGAGGACGUAUGCUUUGUGUCCCAGGACUUCUACCGGGACAUGGCUGUCGCACAGCUGAAGGGUCUGGACAACACGGUGAUGAGGGACUACGUGCUGCCCGAUUUCAGCGGCAUCAAAAAGGGCUUCUGCAAGCCAGCCGAGCAGGUGGUGCCGAGCGGCAAGUACAAGACGGGCGAGCAGAUCCUCAGGCUGGCCAACGAGCGCUUCGCUGUUCCCGAAAUCCUCUUCCACCCUUCCGACGUCGGCAUCCAGGAGAUGGGCAUUCCCGAGGCCAUCGUGGACUCGGUCCGCUCUCUGUCUCAAGACAUGCAGCCUCACAUGUACGGCAACAUCAUCCUGACUGGAGGCAACGUUUUGUUUCCGGGCUUCCGGGAGCGCCUGGAAGCUGAACUUCGCGCUCUGGUUCCCGCUCACGUUCCCGUCAAGGUCACGCUGCCUGACAAUCCCAUCACGUACGCGUGGCAAGGAGGGAAGCUGCUGGCAAACGACCCCGACUACGAGGAGAUGGUGGUCACACGCGACGAUUACGAAGAGAACGGACAUUUUGUUUGUGAAGAAAAGUUUGACAUCUGAGCCGCCAUUUUGUGCUUCCACAGCCAGAUGACAACCGGUGUCGAUUGAAAGCGCCUUGGCUACUCUGACAACACCAUUUACGUGUUGCCACGGCGUAUCUUAAUAUCCAUUGCCUAUCAAGGUGUCCUUCAGGAAGAUGUUUUUUUUUAAAUGUAUUUAUGAAAUUGAUUGUUUUUUUACACUCUUACUGAAAACUCUUGAAUGAAAUCACAUUGAUUCAACAUGUUCACAUUUUAUUUUGGUCAAUAAAAUUUGUGGUGUACUUCCGUGAUCGUUAU